UCUUCUUUUUCUUGAAUACAGAAAGAGAAAAAAUUCAUUUUUAUUUUUAAUUUUUAUUACAAAUGUUUUUAUUUAAUUUUUUCUACUAUAUUCUUUACUUUUGUGUAAAUUUUUUCAAAUUCUAUUUUACUUCCAUCAUUUCAUUUUACUCUACUUCAGUGUACCCAGUUUUUAAAAUUUUCAAACAAUUUGCUUUUUUUUUCUUCCCUCCCUCCUUUUUUCUCUAAUCUAUGAAGCCACUUUCAACACCCAGACCAAAACACACCUAGGAUCUAGCAUCAUUUAUUCGAUUUUUUUGGUGUGUGUCUUUUUAAUUUUAAUAUUUUUUUAAUUUUAAUUUUUUUUAAUUUUAAUUUUUUCUACUUCAUUAAUUCCUUUUCUCCUUUCAAAAUGAUGAAACGAAGGAAUUCACCCCAAAAGGAAGAGCGGGAAGAAAUGAUAGCCAGGGACUUAACCAACACAGAUACAAGCGAGAUGUCUGAAACAGAAUUUAGAAUCACAAUAAUAAGAAUACUAGCUGGAGUUGAAAAUAGAUUAGAAUCCCUUUCUGCGGAGAUAAAAGAAGUAAAAACUAGUCAGGAUUAAAUAAAAAAUGCUAUAACUUAGAUGCAAUCACGAACGGAUGCCAUGGCAGCAAGGAUGGAUGAGGCAGAACAGAGAAUCAGUGAUAGAGAGGACAAACUUAUGGAGAAUAAUGAAGCAGAAAAAAAGAGGGAGAUUAAGGCAAAAGAGCAAGAUUUAAGAAUUAGAGAAAUCAGUGACUCAUUAAAAAGGAACAACAUCACGGAGUGGCCAACAGUCUGCAAAGCAACAUGCCUAAGUUUUAUUGUGACUACUGCAACACAUACCUCACCCAUGACUCUCCAUCUGUGAGAAAGACACACUGCAGUGGUAGGAAACACAAAGAGAAUGUGAAAGACUAUUAUCAGAAAUGGAUGGAAGAGCAAGCCCAGAGCCUGAUCGACAAAACAACUGCUGCAUUUCAGCAAGGAAAGAUUCCUCCUACUCCAUUCUCUGUUCCUCCUCCUGCAGGGGCGAUGAUUCCAUCUCCCCCUAGUCUCCCGGGUCCUCCUCGCCCUGGUAUGAUGCCAGCAUCCCAUAUGGGGGGCCCUCCCAUGAUGCCAAUGAUGGGCCCUCCUCCUCCUGGGAUGAUGCCAGUGGGACCUGCUCCUGGAAUGAGGCCGCCUAUGGGAGGCCACAUGCCAAUGAUUUCUGGGCCCCCAAUGAUGAGACCUCCCACCCAUCCCAUGAUGGUACCCACUUGGCCAGGAAUGACUCGACCAGACAGAUAAGGAGAGACAAGAACCUCUUUAUAUCCAUUUUAUAUUACUUGUUCUACUUCACCAGGAGAUCAUGGUGCUGUGACUCUGGGUGUUUUCUAACAGCAUGACAAGGAAGACUUGCUCCCCCUUCCUAUCAAACAGAGAAUAGUUUUUGCAAGGGAGUAGUGGGACAAAAAAAAAAAAAAAGUAAUUUCCAUUUGUAUCAUGAAAUGUGAAAAUAAAAUUGUCAACUAUU